GAUGACACCGUUUGUUGACUUUGUCGUCAGAAUGUGCGACAAUUAUUGUAGUCCUUAUGGUGGCGGAACCGUAAACGCAGGAAUUAGCUCGCAAAUAGCCACCAGACAUAAAGCAAUGAUUGAAUUUGCUUGUUAAUUCUUCAGUUAACACGGGAGAUAUUAACUUUUGUUUAAAAUUUAAUAUGACUAUGCAUAAUUUGCUGUUAUGAGUAAGGCUGUCAGUACGUAACGUCUUGUUAGCCUAGCGUAGAUUAGCCUACUAGCUAAGAAGCAUUGCCUAACAUAGUUAUGAAAGUUAUGUGUUACAACACGGGAAGAACUUGUACCAGUAACACAUAGCAGUCAGUGUGACUGCAGAACUGUCGUUCCUGUGUUGUUGUGGUGAACUGCCGUUGUUUAAAUAGGAUUUCUUCGAAACUUGGGCUGCCUCCGAAGCCUUCACAACAUGUUGAACAUUCCGACCCAGUCCUUCCCUGCGCCGAGCUCACAGCAGCGGGUCGCACCGUCCGGCCAGUCCGGGAGGAGCAAGGUGGCCUUAAAGCCUGGCCACAGUCUAAUGGACUGGAUCCGAUUUUCCAAGAGUGGCAAAGAUCUGACUGGGCUCAGAGGGCGCCUGAUUGAAGUUACCAAGGAAGAGCUUCUUAAACACAACACAAGAGAUGACUGCUGGACUUGCAUACGAGGUAUGGUGUACAAUGUGACCCCCUACAUGGACUACCACCCUGGCGGAGAAGAGGAGCUGAUGAAGGCAGCUGGGAUAGAUGGCACUGACCUAUUUGAUCAGGUCCACCGUUGGGUGAACUAUGAGUCCAUGUUGAAAGAGUGCCUGGUAGGCAGAAUGGCCACUAAGGCUACCACAGCUAUUAAAGCUAUCAUCCCUCCUCCACCCCUGACUGGCCUCGACCGACCCAUCUCAGUGGCUCCUCCUCCAGAAAAAGACUCCCGGCCUCGGUAUGACUGGUUCCAGACUGAUGUAACUGUUCAUUUGGUCGUUUAUGCCAAAAGAAAGAUCCCCAGCUCAGGCUGUACCAUUGUUGACCUUGAGGCGGGUGUUCUACGACUGGAAGUACUGCUGGGGAAAAUGUCCUACAUGAUACAUUUAUGUCUAGCUGACGAAGUUGAGGGAACUGUUUCUGUCCAUACUGCUUUCUCAGUGGGAAAGAUCCAGGUCAGCAUACGCAAGCAGGCUAAAGGAAAAUGGACAAGUCUUGGUCAACCACUGGAACUCCACAACACAUUUCUACACAAAAAAGACAGAGCUCCCUACUAUCGGGAUUGUGUGUUGGUGUGUAAGACUGAGGUGAACCAUAACACCCAUGUGUUUAGAGUGCAACUCCCACGUGGGACUGUCAUGCAUGUGCCUGUUGGAAAACAUGUCUACCUCAAAGCCCUCAUUCAAGAUGCCGAGGUAGUGAGGCCAUACACUCCGGUAGAGAAGAACUUGGCAGCAGCCUCCCACCACUCCUCACAGGAAUCAGAUCUCUACCUCAUGAUCAAAGUUUACCCAGAUGGAGUGUUCACCCAGCAUCUAAACAACCUGCACACUGGAGACCAUAUAUCCAUUAGUGGUCCAGAGGGUACCUUUAAUGUCCGCCCCCUUCGUGAUGUGACACACCUCUACCUAUUAGCAGCAGGCACAGGAUUCACGCCCAUGGCUCGCCUCAUCCAGCUGGCCCUAGAAGACCUUGACACCAUCAGAAAAACCAGGCUGCUCUUUUUUAACCGACGGGAGGAGGACAUUCUGUGGCGCUACCAACUGGAUGAACUAGCUGCUAAUAAUGACAGGUUUCAGGUGGAGUACGUCCUCUCCGAGCCCUGUGAAAGCUGGAUCGGCAAGAAGGGUCGGGUGGAUGAGUCCAUGCUCCAGGAUUUCCUCAACAGGCCAGAUGGGUCCAAAUGCUAUGUGUGUGUGUGUGGCCCCACUGACUUCACAGAACUAACAUUACGGUUGCUGAAGCAGCAGGGCUUCAGUGAAGGGGAGCUCCACGCCUUCAGUGGCUGAUGAGCUCUGCCUUGACCCACCUCCACCUUGCAAAGACUAUGUGUGCCUGUGAGCGAGAAAGAGAGAGAUGAUUUUAAUUUAUAAACUUUUGUUAGAAAUUAAAGGAAAAUUGUAUUUCUAUGCACCAAGGAUCUGAUGACGCUAACAGCAGACAAACAACACACCACAGGCUUUUAUGGGCUGUAAAGAAAAUCACAAAUUCACAUUGCAGUAAGAUUCUUAUGAAUCUGACAGUAUGGCCAGUGUCCGGAGCAAAGUUAAUAUUCUAAUUUCACUAGAACUACGAGUUGAAACAUUGUAAAGGUGUGAAUGAAAAUAAAAGCAGUAAAAUACUGUAUACUGAGACAAAGACUAUGUAAAUGGAUGAAGUAUACGCAAUAGAAAAAGAGAGUGAACAUGAGCCUGUGUGUGUAGCAGAAGAUCCUCUGCAGAUAUUUAUAGCUCUUAAUGUUCCUGUUACGUGGAUGCAGUAACAGGAGAUUUAUAACCGCUGCAGUUAAAUAAACUAUAUUAUGGUGAAAUUUUUAACCAAUCCCCAAAUGCUAGUCUCCUUUUCAUUAAGACUGGGGUUUUUUCAUUAUUGCUUCCGAUUGGAGUCCUGACUCAGUUUAAUUUUGAGUCAUUGAGUUGACCUUUAUAAAACCUGCUAAAAAAACAGAUUUUUCUGCCUUAUACACAUUGAAACUUGUCACUUUGCAGUGUAAUGUCACUGUUCAGUACGUGAUUGUUACUGCAGCGCUAUAUAUACCGAAUCACACACAAAGUAAAUCCAACAUCAGGUCUAGUCAUCUGCUCUCAGGUCACAGCCAGUUUGAUUGAAGCCAGCAGUGUCCAGUCCUGUGCCAUGAAAAGACUUUUCAUUCCUAUAACCAUGACAGCCGCUCAUUUUAAUAUCAAUAUAGUUUGAACCAGGGAAGAGGAAGAAGUCAGCGAAAGGAGCUGGUUGACCGAAAAAAAAUCUCUCUGUAGCGUAUUAGGACUAGUGUACUUUAUUUACUUAAUAUUCUACAGACUAUCUCCAACGGUAACUGUGUGUCAUUCUUUCAUGUAUGGACUCCAAGUUGUUUGACAAUGUUAUGUCGUUUCUAACAAAAGUUCCUUCCAAAUUUUGUUCACCUCAUACGAUUUGUUCAGUACAAACCCUGGAGGAUCAUUCUGAGGUGACUGAGUUCUUUUUGUGCAGUUUUAGAAGUAUGCAAGUUCCCAAAGUUUAUGUAUGUGUAUGUAUGUGUGUGUGCGUGUA